UCGUACGGACAACCCAAACCCGCUCCCCGUCCAUGUGAGCUUUUAAAAACAACGGAGGAGAAAAGAGAGAAGCCAUACCAGAUAUAGCUUGGAGCCGGGGAAAGCGAAAGAAAUCGGCGAAGAGGAGGAGAACGAAGCGAUGCGGGCGCUGUCGGAGAAACCCCUACUCGUCGCCGCCGCAGCGGCGGCGCUUUUGGCGGGUGCCUUACUCGUCUCCAGCUUCGUCCGCGCCGGCGACCGCUUCCUCCUCUGCUCCUCCGCCUACUCCUCCUCCUCCUCCCCCUCGGUGGAUCUCGCGGCGGCGCUCCUCCACUACGCCACCACGAGAACCGUCCCCCAGCAGUCCCGCGCCGAGAUCCGCAUCUCCUUCGACGUCCUCCGCCGCCGCGGCCCCUCCAACUUCCUCGUCUUCGGCCUCGGCCACGACUCCCUCAUGUGGUCCGCCUUCAACGCCGGCGGCACCACCGUCUUCCUCGAAGAAGACCCCGUCUGGUUCCUAUCCGUCACCAAGGACUCC